UCCGUACUUCAGUUGCCUCGCGUACGUUGAAUCGUGAACAUCUAUUCCGUUUUGUUCUUUCUCAGUUGUUUGAACACGUUGUUGUAUCUCAUUUUAUCGCGUGCCCUUAUCGGAUUCUGACUAACGCGUAGUUCGCGCCACCGAAUUUCCAAGUGUCUCCGUUCAAGUCCCUUCUUUACCGACCGAUGGACUCGGAACGAAGGAUUUUUGGUGAUCAGUUUUCUCGCACGCGAUGGUCGAGAUUUCCGAUAAUAGUGUAAGAUGCUUCUCCUCGAAGCAUCGUUUGUGAACGGAUCCGUGAGCCAUGAAGUGAAUCGGUGUGCAGUGUCUAGAUUCGUCGAAUGAUCGAAUCUCGUGACUCGUGGAAAGAGGUUUAUGCUCGCUGGCUCGUGGCAUGUGUUGAUUCGAUGGUCUUCGAGAGCGUCGAGAUGCGGAACCCGGGGUUCCUCCUCGAAGACGCCAGACAUGGAUAUAUCCAGUAUAUCAGCCUGAGCGAAUGUUACUUCGCUGGCAAGGGCGCGGCCUUGGUUUUACCUCCGAACGAAAGGGCCAGACCCUCGAGAAAGGUUUCCGCAGCAGGAUGCGACAUUCAACAACACCUGCAAUCUAUGUUUUAUCUGCUCAGACCGGAGGAAACCCUCAAAAUGGCGGUGAAACUGGAGUCAGUGCAUCCAGGAAGGACGAGAUACCUGGUCGUAGUAUCCUGCACUGGGAGGCAGGAUGCGGAGGAGAGCUGCCUUCUUGGUAUCGAUUGUCACGCUAGGGCGACCGUUGGUCUUGUACUUCGGGUUCUGGCCGACACUGCCAUUACUCUCGACGGCGACGGAGGCUUCAGCGUCAGCGUCUGCGGUUCCCAGCACAUCUUCAAGCCAGUAUCGGUACAGGCGAUGUGGUCGGCCUUGCAGACGUUGCACAAAGUGUCGAGUAAGGCACGCGAACAAAACUACUUCCUGGGUGGGCUGUCACACGACUGGGUCAGUUACUAUGAGCAACGAAUCGAGAGCGAUCGCUCGUGUCUUAACGAGUGGCAUACUAUGGACAACCUGGAAUCUCGAAGACCACCGUCGCCGGACAGCGUACGCACCAAACCCAGAGAAAGGGACGAGACUGAGCGCGUGAUCCGAUCGACGUUGAAGGAGAUCAUGAUGUCCGUGGACCUCGACGAGGUAACCUCGAAGUACAUUCGAGGUCGUCUCGAGGAAGACCUCGACAUGGAUCUCGGGGAGUUUAAGCCAUUCAUCGAUCAGGAGAUGCUCACCAUUCUGGGUCAGAUGGACGCGCCGACUGAAAUAUUUGACCACGUUUAUCUAGGAAGCGAGUGGAACGCAAGCAACUUGGAGGAGCUCCAGAAGAAUGGUGUCAGGCAUAUCCUGAACGUAACUCGAGAGAUCGACAACUUCUUCCCCGGGAUGUUCACGUAUUUGAACGUACGCGUGUAUGACGACGAGAAGACCGAUCUGCUGAAGCACUGGGACGAUACGUUCAAAUACAUCACGAAGGCAAAGAAAGAAGGUUCGAAAGUGCUGGUGCACUGUAAAAUGGGUGUGUCAAGAUCUGCCUCGGUAGUGAUCGCGUACGCGAUGAAAGCGUAUAACUGGGACUUCUCUCAAGCCUGGAAGCACGUAAAAGAGAAACGGAACUGCAUCAAACCUAACAACAGCUUUUUGCUGCAACUGGAGACCUAUCAGGGUAUACUGGACGCGAUGAAAAACAAAGAGAAGCUUCAGAGGUCCAAGUCGGAUACGAACUUAAAGUCUCCUACGUCGACGAAAGAUCAGUCGAAGAAAGAGGAAAAGUCUGGCAACGUGGACAAUGAUUUGCAAGCUGUAUCGGGCUUUGAAUUAAAAAAGACCAGCCAGAGGCCGAAAAGUUGGUCGCCGAAUGUGAAAAUUAGCGAAACCAUGUUGCCGUCUGUUCCUCUUUCGCAGUCCCUCGAAAGCAUCGAUAAGACAGGAAGCACGGAAGUGACCAGAGAAGAUCUGUUACGUUCCAACAACCGGAAGACCAGUAUGUCGCAAGAAGCUCGAAACGUUUUGAUGCCAUGCGGCAACGGACAAUCUUACAGCGUAUCUCAAAACAAAAUCGUCCACCUACCAGGUCCCUCGCCGGACACUCCGACCGUGAAGAACCGAAUUAGCAAAUUAGAAACGCAGCAGGGCCAAAGGAGGAAAGGAUUGGUGCUGAACCUGACGAAUCAAUUCGAAGCAGUCAGCAGCAAGCCAUCUUCUCCGAGUUCUGAUUCAGACGGCGGGAAACCGUUGCCACAGAGUCCGAUCUCCGAACUGAACGAGAAUGGACUCGGUCGGAAGCCUUCGUCGGAAGCUUCGUCUACGGUGGCAGUGAAGCAAAGCGUGUGGGAUCCCGGCGAGAAGCAAAGCAAGAGAACGCAAGUCGAUAGUAAUAGUGAAUGUCUAGUCUGGACUGCAUCAUCGUCCGAUGCAACAUGUACCAAUUCGUGUAGUAACGCUAAGACUAACAGAGAAGUGAGUGCGGAGAGUGAGUGUAUCGCGACGACCACGACAACGACAACGACGACAGUGUAUCCUGGUACGUUAACGCGAAAGACCAAGAAGGACGGAGAUCCGUUUAGUACGCACGUUGACCGAGUGUUCGAUCGUGAAGAGAGGCAAGGCGAGCCGGUUACGAGAGACUCUCCGAGCCGGCAGAGCUCUUGGAGCAGUUACGACAGUGCCGUAGUCCUCGACAACAAUUCGGUGCACAGCUCCUGGGCCACGUUACCAUCGAGGAACAGUUCUUGGGGUUCGUACGACAUGCGGCCUUCGGAUCUGCUCGGAUCCAGUGGUCUCUUCCCUUACGACAAGGAGGAGAUACCUUGGCACCCAGGCACAGUGAAACGUACCAAGCAAAAGCUCGAGGAGAACACCAGCUCAGGGACGGUGAAACGCGUGUGCACGCAAAAUUCCGACACGGAAGAGAAAGACAGAUUACCAGUUGAGGAAGAAUCGUACAAUCCGGUACUUCUUCAGCAUACCGCGUCGCCGACGCCACGAAGGAGGGAUUCCUCGCCUAGCCAGGAACACGGUUUGAAGGUAGAUCCUGCUAGAAAUUCUCCAAGUCCUGUCAGAGGAAUAGACAUCUCACCAGCGUCGAUUCGUCAAGUUGGAAGACUAUCGACGAGCGCUCCGGCGCCAUCUUCUCUCUCUACGGACUCGGACUUACCCCUAUCCUUGAGAUCCUGCAGGUCAGAGAGCGAAACGUCAAGCCCGUGCGUGGUCAACACUACUCAGUGUCUUUCGGUGAAGCAACACAAGAUGGUCUUGGAGAACCUAAGUAACAAAUCUAUAUUUAACAAACGUUGUCUGUCGGUAGACGACUCGCCAGACACCGAGUGUCCACGAAGUACCUCCGGUAUCGUAAAGAAUCUCAAGAAGGAAUUCGAGGCGAAGUCGACGAAGUCGGAAAAGAGUCCGGAGAACAGCUUCGAGAACGACUCGCCGAUUACGGUCUGUCGACCGAAAAGGGACGUGAAGAUCAGAAGUUUGCCCUCCUCGCCGGUGAUUCCCCACAACGAAUCGAAGAUUCAGGCCCCGUCCGAGAUCAAAGAGAAAGAGAAAUCGAGCGUCGACUCGAUGACGGCUACUCAGGACAACUUGGAAGACAGGUCGGUGAGAGUUUUGGUUGGUAAGUACGAGGUGAAGCCCGAGUCCAGGAAGUCCUCGGAGAUCCAGCUGCGUGUGCACAAAGACAAGGAUUGGGAGUCGAUGGACUCGCAACACAGCAACAAGUCGAAGAUUGGCGUAGAAUAUAGUAGGAGGUCUGCACCGAUCAUGAUUAACAAUCAUUCAUCUGCUCCUCUGUUCAAUGAAGCGCCGGAAGCACCUGGCAGGCCACCAGUCCCAUCGGCUGGUGUUGUGGCAGCUAGUAAGAAGCAGCAACAGCACGGCAGGACGCAUCCUCUUGCCAGGCUGCAGGUCAGGCCUAGGCACAGCAGUCCGGUUUACAACACCAUGUAAGAAAGGAAAAAAGGGGAAACGUUUACGCGUUUGGUUGUUUCUCUCUCCCAUUGAGUCGAAUCUAAGCGCUCGUACCUGAAUGCAUGGGUAUGUUGCGUUGUCGUGGCCACGAUGUGAAACUGUGUGAUCUCUAUUUGAUGCCAACGAGUCGAGGAUCGUUUCUCUUCGAGCUCGACGACUAAAUCGACGGGGACACAGGAUUUUUCUAUAGAUUCGUUUCCCACCAUCUCUUCGAUGUACAAUUCUAAUCUUUGCGAGAACGUCCUAUACUAUGCUGUGCGACGAUACGACAGAGCACCCGUAUUUUUUCGAUGCUUCUUCAAACGGACACGGUGUACAAGCUUCUCGUAUCUACCUGGCAAAGCCAUGCUUUUUAUGUGUGUGUGUGUGUGAGAGAGAGAAAGAGAUAGAGAGAGAGAGAGAGAGAGAGAGAGAGAGAAAGAGAGAGAGAGAGAGAGAUAGAGAGAGAGAGAGAGAGAGAGAGCAAAAUCAUUUGCGAUGUUUUUGUGUUCGUUAGCUUUAGUGUUAUUGUUGGAGCAAAAUUUACACGGUUUGCAUUCUUUAAUUCCUGUACGAGCAAGUAUUAUUUGCGAUGUCGAAGAACAGCCCGAAUAAUAGCUUCUGAAAAACUACGUUUUGUCCAAAUUUUUAGGUAGAAAUUAAUGUGAAUUAGAAAUUAAUUGUAUUUAUCACCGCCAUCCUAUUUAAACGCUACAUAUUAUGUAUUCGUCCAGCAGAGUAUGUUCGCGUGGAAUAUUUAAUAAGCAGUUUGAUAAGCAGAUACAUAUAGUUGAUAAGCGAAGUGAAAAUGAAAAAGGAAGAAAGACAAAAGAGAAACGACCAGUUUCUACGUUGGUAUAGAUUUCAAGGGAUAUCGAAAAGAUACAAGUGCCUUGUCCUACCGUCAACGACUGUAUACAUAUAAUUGUAAAAAGGCACGUUCAAGGUCCUUCAACGUUUUAUGUUCCUUCUUCGUCAGACGUGUCCUUGGCCUGCUCUUAAUUAGUUCAAUUAUUUUUUAAGCUGGAAAUGCAACAAUUCUCGGAGGACGCGGAAAACACUGUUAUUCCUACGACGUGUCGUCACCUAAUAGACCUAAUAUGGGCUUGGAAUCAAACGUGAUGUGUUGUGUAUGCGGGGAUGUUGCGCAGAAGUUGGAGCCAGCGUGUUCUUGAAUCGUGACACAAGAUAGCGUCGGCUCCGGUCAGGCUGUGAACGAAAGGUCCGGGCCUCGCGUUAUGUACUAAAAUAUCGCUCUGACUCCGCCUUCUGUUGUCUACGUUGUGAUCGCCGAGGCGUAUGCAAGAUACAGAUUCUAUACAUAUAAAGAGACACACCUCGGAACGACGACGUGUAACGUUUAAGCUGUACUAUUUAGUAUUUUAGAGUGAACGAUGUGAUUAGAAUGGUGCACAGUAUGCGAGGAGAGACGAAAGUAGCAACGCCCCCUCCCUCCGCCCUCCACUCCCCUUUAUCCCGAGGGGAGCUGUUUCGAAUCGUUUGAACGAUUCGAUCGGUUCUUCUACUCUCUUUAUACUCACGUCAGUUUGUAUAUCGUGUAUAAAGCAUCGUCGCGCCAAUUCAAUUUUUUUCUUUUAUAUUUCAUUUUCGCUUUUCAGUUCGAUCGUCCUGUCUUGUUUCUUCUUCUAUUCUUCUCUUUCUGUUCCCACUUUCCCUCUUUGUGCUCUUUGCUCCUUCUCCCUUUUUUCUUCAUUGACCAGUGACGAUAAUCGUUUAUCGAAGAUUUUACCGUAAUUGCAACUUGAGAAAGUACAAUGAGAAACGCGGCUCGAUAUCAACGUUCGUCGUUCUUAGACAUAUCAUCGGACCGUUCAUUCUUAUUUCCAUUCGCAAAGCCAUGUCGACCAAUUUUAUACUACUGUCCUAAUAUUGAUGAUGGUGAUCAUGAUGAUGAAGAUGAAGGUGGUUGAUGAUGAUGAUGAUGAUGAUGAUGAUUAUGAUGAUGAUGAUAAUGAUUAUGAUGAUGACGACGAUAAUGAUGAUGGUGAUAAUGAUGAUGAUGGUGGUUGUGAUGAUGAUGGUGGUUAUGAUGAUGGUGAUGAUGAUGAUAAUGAUGAUGAUGAUGACGACAGUGGUGGUGGUGGUGAUGAUGAUGAAUGCGAGGCUCAUUUUUUGAUAAGAUGCACCGCGACCACUGUGUGCGUAGAAAUAUAUUUUAUUACUGAGAUAAUUUUGCGGAUAACUUUCUCAUACGUUUGUUCUAACCUUUGUUCGUUUUUCCUCGGACGAAACAGAUCCGGGGUGUGAAACGAUCCUGAGACCGAAUGCUACUGAAAAACUGUAACACAUUAAGUUAGAAUAAAAAUGUUACAUUGCUAAUGCUGUGCUUUACGACUGAUAUUGAGCACGAAACUGAUUAUUCGUUAGAUCGUUUCCUUUUUCUUUGUGGCUUCACGGUGAUAUUAUUCUCGAGCUGCGUGUACCAUCGGUGGUUCGUAUCGUCAUUUUCGAAAAUUUUUAUCGAAUAUCGGUGUUCUGCGUGACGUUAUACAGCUAGAACGUACCAGUCGACUUAAAAAUUAUUAUUUUCGCUAACACGAAUUAUUCACUCCUAAAGAAUAAGAUAACUGUCGAACGUCUUCAGGGACAGAUAUCCCUCAAGACGUCAAAAUAAGAGUAACGAGUAUAUUUCAGAGAAAUGUCAAGAAAAGGAAGCUCUGGUAUUGCUAGCGUUAAUGUGCUAAAUUAAUUUAUAUAAUUUAUACAAUUCCGAUACGGAACGAACCAAAAAUUUCUCUUCAUAAAUUAUCUUCGCGAUGAAAGAAAUAAAGAAAAUCUACGCUAUUCGAAUUAUACUAUUUCCUAAGUGCAUAUCUGGCGUUGUAAUGUCUAGUGUUGUAAUUACAAACUAGAAAAAGAAAACAUCGAUUGGCUUUCGUGACAGAGUUUAAUUUUCACGGACAAGGUAUAAGAGCGACUGAAGAAAGAUCGACGAGAUCAACUUGGUUGCGCGUCUAUCUCGAAUAUCCGCUUGCCAGCGCAGAACGCAAGUUGUGGUACGACGGAGAUGGUCCUCGUUUUCUUCGCGUGCUUUGGGUUUAUCGGGCCAAUGUCCAAGCUGUACGUACCACCUCUUAAAUUUCUGAUCAUCGCCAACGUCUGUCGAAAAAAUAAUCGUCGUCGUCGUCAUCAUCUGCGUAACGAGUAUACUCGACGGAAAGGAUAUAGUCAGGUUAUUUAAAAAUACGACGUCUUGUUAUCCGUACGAGUAUGCGAAGGUUUCAUGAUGCGUCGAUCAUAUCCUGUUUGACUUACUAAUUGUCACCUUUUUCCUUUUUCUGCAAAUUAUUAUGUAAUUCUAUAGGUUUGAAUUUCAGGUCAGGAUUAAUCAAAAUCUAUUUCUAAAAUAUCAGAUGUAUAGAAUGCUGGCACUUUGAUUUUAGUUAAAUUUUGGCAAAGUGAUAAUUUUUAGACAUAAUUUUAGAUUUCAUGCGACCAAAACUAUUUUCAAAUUUAUACCUGUUAUCUUUUUUUCGUUACAUGUUACAUAGACGUGUGAACGAAGCGUGUAAUAUAUGAAAGUGCCGGAUUGCAAAAGUCUGAAAUCUUGAUGUACGUUUAACGUUUUAUAUAUACUAUUGUAUGCUACGUCUUAUUUAUUGCUGUAUACUAGAAAAUAUGGAAUAUCGACAGGAGGCUUUCGAUACUUUGAAAACUUCCGAUUCUUUCGGAACUUAUGAUUAAACUUCGAAGACUCAACAGCCUUAAGAAUCGAAGCAUGUUCGAAGUGUUCCGAUUUUAUGCCGCGUGUACAUACACAUACAUAUGUGUAUAUUCAGAAUGCAUCGCUGUGGUUCUGAAUUUAGACGCAGAUUAAUAUUUUAAUUUACGACUUGACUAUAUCGUUUCUACCGACUGUGCACUGCGAGCGAACGAAAUCCGUAUGAGAAAUCUGUAUUUACGGCGUGAGAUCGCAAGUCGAUCACUCUGAAGAGAUUGGUAUCCGUGCCACCGCAAGCGAUGAACAUGUUCGACACGUAUUUGCCACAGUAGAGCAGGGAAGGAUAGCUGUCGGGUUCCAAGGAAGCAAGCAACUUUCCGCUACCGUAGUCCCACAAUUGUAUGGGAUUCUCUCUUUGCCACGCGCACGACAAAAUCUGUUCGUAAUAUAGUUGUUUGUUAAUAAAAAAGAAAAACUGACGAGAACACCCGCAACGUCUGAUUCCUAAGCGAAAGAUUAGCAUGUGUAGCGUAUUCUUUUAAUAAUUUGUAAAGAUUCUUCUUACACGUUACGUUUUAGUUUUCAUUCGAACACCUUUCAUUUAGGUGGUAAACCAAGAGGUUAAGAAUUACAAGCGAGAGAUUGUUGCAUGAUGAUGGCUUAAUCCCGGUAGGGUGAGUCAAUUUGGUCAAUUUGGCUCAUUUUUUUUUUUUUUUUUUCCAGUAUGUAUAUAGAAAUUUAACGUUACACGUUGAAAAAUUUGGCGAUUCUUUUGCUAAUUUGAAAGAUGUGUUCCUUUUAUGUUUUUAUACAAAUUAUCUAUUUCUAAUUUAGCUAUCUCUCUAAACAGUAUUAAUGCAUUUUUGAUUUCUUGCGUUGCUGGAGCAAUAUUCAAAUAAUUUAUGGAUAAAAUUUCGAAUUUUUGUAUCCGCACUUUGACAGAAUUGCGAUGUAUGAUUUUGUAAAUCGGAGAAAGACUAUAGCUGCUUUUUCGAUGCUAUGUUACUGCCAAACAUAAUUGCACUCUUUGUUAUGUAAAACACUGUGGAUUUUGGUGCGAUAAAUCAAUUUUUCUCGUUGAUCUGUACGUAAAACUAUUGUUAAAAUGUGAUCGCUGACGAAUAAAUCGAACAAGAAAUUACA